AUGGACGAAGGGAAAAUUGUUUUAAUUGGCAAUGAAACAGAUCUUCUUCAUUGUGGAUAUAGCCAUGCUAUCAAGGAUUCUGGUAAACGGUUAGUUUUUUCUUUAGGAAAAAUUGAAUAAUCAAAAAUGAAAUUAUCUAUCGCUUCUUUAAAAAUUUAAAAAUAAGUUACAGAUAUCCGAGUGCUGUUCAUUACACACAUUGCAUGAUAUUAACUCAAUUGAAUGUUGAUGAAUCCGCUGUUGAUGAAUUACUUUGCACCCAAAGUCAAGAUGUUCCUCGAAGAGCUCAACAAUUAUUACUCGAAAAUAUGCCACAUGGUCACGAUAUGAAUUCUUUAGCUUCAUAUUUGCAAGGAAGUCGACAGUCUUAUACAAUGCAAGGAUUGCGGCUAAGAGUUGAACAAGAUCAAGAUUUUGAGAAGACUUUGAUGGAUACAAAUGAAGCACUUUUAAUUGUUUGCGAUUCACGAGAUCGAGAAUUGGGAAUUGGAAUGGAUGAGAAAAUAUUCAUGGAUUGGAUGGCAAAAGAAAAAGCGGAUGCGAGACAACUUGGUUUUUGGAUGAAAAAUGAAGCAAGUCGACCAGCAGAUCUCGGGCAAAAUCAGUUAGGGUAAGUUGAUUUUUAAAAUAGGAUCACAUAUUUAAAGUAAAAAAUUUCAGAUUCUUCUUAAUGUGGAUUCGUUAUGAGGUAAAAGAACGAAGGAAGGCUUCAUUAUUGACUCGCGAAGUUCAACAUAUAAAUGGAUUAUCGACUGAUAAAGAUGACAAGCCUGUUAAAAUCAGUGUUAAUGAUUUAAUAAUUUCUUUACAAGGCAUUUUCCGCCCGUUAAGUAACUAUUAUCCAUUUCCUUUUGAGAUGAAAGGUGAAAGAUAUCGAUCAGUUGAACAUUAUGCAUAUGAGAAAUUAUUCAAUGCUCUGAAAUUGGAUGAUAAAAUGAUUGAAAAAAUUCAAACAACUCCAUUGCCAGUCGAUGUUCCAGUUGUUGCUGAUAGAAUAUUCAGAAAUCUCGAAAUUUCAUCUGAAACUAUAUCGGAAAAAAUAUCGAAGAUGGAUCGAUGGCGUCAAUCUGCAAUGAAACAUAAAAUUGUGCACAAUGAAUAUCUUCAACAACUUCUUCUUUCAACUGGUGAUUCAAUUAUAAUUGAUACUGCGCUCGGAGAUUCUCUCUGGACAUGUGGUGCAUCUGAAACUGAACUGCAACGAUUGCUAACAAAAGCAUAUGUUAAUCCAGAGAGAAUUAUUGAUUGGAUGAGAGGAGAUAAAGAUGGACAUGUGCCAAAAUCAGUUUCGAAUUUAUAUGGAAAUAAAACGGGUCUUUUAUUGAUGGAAUUACGUGGAAAACUUGCGGCUGCAACACAAUCCAGAAUACCAUUAAUUAGUCCAAUUAAUACAUCAACAUUGAGUGCAAUUGUAAGCCCUCAUGUUAUUUGUUUUACUGCUGAAUCAGUUUGGCAUCCACUUUAUCCAGCUGAAAUUCGAGUCGCAGGAGAUCAAGCUUUAUUGCCUUCACCAUCUCAUUAUGUAGCUUUACAAGCAACAAAGUAGGUUGAACUUCUUUUUUUUUCAAAAAAAAAAAAAUGAGAAAAAAAGUUCAAAGAGACAAGUUUUCUGAAUUUUUUUCAAUUUUCCUGGCUUCAUAAACUAAACAAUAAAUUUUCAGAAUUUUGGGAAUGAACAAAGAAGACAGUGAUUAUAUAAUGGAAUGUCAAAGUUCAUUGGAUUGUUGGACUCGUUUACACGAAGUGAUUGAAUCAAAAGGACGAAAUCUUGAAAGAGAACAAAAUUGGUGGAUGGAAAAAAGGCAGCAAACAAUUAAAGAAUCACUUCAAUUGUUAUUAGAACAACAUCCACCAUUAUUAAGAGCAUUGUUAGAUACUGGAGAUUCUCUUUUGGUAUGUUUUUUUUAAUUUUUCAAAUAUUUUAUGAUAAUGAAAAUUUUGCAGGUCUUCUGUUCAAGAUUCUCUUCAAUUGACGCUGAACUUAGUAUUGGAAUGAGAGAAUCUGAUUUUCGAGUUUGGAUGCAUGAAGUUGAUAUAACAACUAAGCAGGUACACUCUUAUUUCCCCCAUGAUUUCCUAUUUUUUGUUUUUCCAGCUAAUUGAAUUAUGUUGUCGACCAAUGGCAUUUCGCCCUCCUUAUUUGGGUGGAAAUCGACUUGGAUUAAUUUUGAUGGAACUUCGAAGGGAAUUUGUGCUCAAAGGAAUAUUCCCUCAGAAUCUACCUGAAUUACUUAUAGGUUAGUGUUUUUCUCCGAAAUAACUUGAAAAGGUUUUUUUAGGUGUUGACACGAUUUUGGGAUCUGAUUCACCAGCUGAAAAUAUGAUUACAUUGGAAUAUUUUGAUAUUUUACAACCUUUCAAUUAUAGUUCUCUAUGGAUAAGUGAGUUACUUUUUUUGCUCGUUUUGAAUCCAAACCUUUAAUUUUUAUUUUCAGACCCACUUUUCCUUCUGGCAAAAACUGGAAAUUCGGAAGCGAUGUUGGCUUGUUGUCGAGUUAAACAAUCUCCAAGAUUAGUAACUGUUGAUGAUGAAAAAAUAUCAGAAAUUGUUGAAAAAUUGGGAAAAGAAAAUGAAGCGAAUACUGAAGAGGAUGUUGAAUAUUUGAAUAAAAUUGCACCGGAAGAUUUGCGAGCUGUUUUCAUGAAAUAUUGUGUGAAAAUGAGGAAUCGAAUGAAUGAAUUGGAUAGACAAAAUGGAGAAAUGCAAAUGAUGGCUAUGGAAGUGAGUGUUUUCAAAGAAAUGUUUUCAAAGCUUGUUCAGAAAAACAUUUAUAAGAUAUGUUGUCCCAAAAAUUGUCUGAAAUUACGAAAAACCAUUAUUUUCAAAAAAAAAAUCCACCAAGAAAUAUAGUUUUUUCAAUGAGAAAUAUUUUAUUUUUCAACUUCUAGAAUUCUCAAUUUUUAAACUGGUUAAAUCAUCCACGUGGAUUUUUUCAAGGACUUUUGAAAUUUCUCAAUUUUAUUUUUCACAAACUAUAAUCUUGCAGACUCAUCGAUUACAAACAAUACGACGAAGUCUCGCUGAUACAAAAGAAAAAGAAGUUGGUCCAACUCCAGGUUCUUCAACAUCUGCUCCACCACUUCCACCAUCUCUUGUUGUUUCUGCUCAACCAGCAAAUAUGCACCGAAUAGCGGCUGGAAGAGAAAAUACAACACAAUUUGACAUGUCUUAUGAUUAUAGCGAAAUGGAAGAAGAUAAAAGUAGACAUGUCAAAAAAGAAAAACAAGAAUAUAAAAUUCCAACAAUUAAAAGAAGUUUUGGAAAAGAUCGAGGAAAUGAUGAGAGAAGGAAUAAUCAAUAUAAUAGUGGACGGAAAAAUAAUGAUCAAGAAUCAUCGAGAAAACGACAAUUAUCACCGAGAAAGCCAGAAGUAAUUAAGAAACCACCUCCAGAAGUCGUUGCUCCACCAAUUGUUCCUCCAAAACCAAAACGAAAUCCAGACGAAGAAUUAUCGGAUGGUGAAAUAUUAUCAACAGAUGAAGAAGAUAAUAGCUAG